GCAUGACCGCCGCCGCCGCUGCUGCGCUCUCUCUCUCGCACCGCACCCGGUGCCGCCGUCGCACUUCGCAGUCAGUACUCAGUACGCCGCUAACCGUACCGAACGUCACGACUCGCGGUCGCCCGUCGUCAUCACGCACCGGUGUCAGUCGUCGUCGUCGUCGUCGUCGUGUUGUUUUGUUGUAGCUUUUAAUACUUUGCGCGCGACCGCCCUUUCCCCAUCACACACACGCACCCCAAUCGAUAAUGCCGUACGCCGCUGCCACGAUCGUUUCGGCCAUGUCGUCCGGAUAGAAGAGGUCCCCGCUAGGCUCUUCCAGCGAUAAAAUACACUGUCCAUAGGUAUUGUACAGGACUACCGGUAAAUCCUUAGCCGCCGCGUGUGCGUUAGUGUAAAUGUUUGUGAACCGUCAGUGGAACCAGCUCGGUAGCCCAGUCGUAACCAUCAUCGUCGGACGCACUAGGAGGCCCAGAACGAUCCCGCCGGGACACUCGUUCUAAGGCUCUGGGAUCGAAAUCGUCUGAUGCUUCUGCCAACAACUGUUUUAACCGAUGAAAAUUAUGUAACCGAGGAAGAAGACGAUUAUCAGUGGUGGACCGAGGAGGACCUGUGGAAGUUUCCCCCGCCGCCUCCCCGUCCACCGUUCCUGGAGCCCCCUUAUCCGGACGGCCUGACCACUUGCGACCUGUGCACAUGGGCCCUACAACCUCUAGACGGCACUGACAACGGUAUGUUGACAGUUCCCAUUGCCGAGGUGACGUGGCCCAUGAUAUUGGUCCUGGUGUCGUUGCUGUCCGCCGCCAUCGGCGCCCUCUUCAUGGUCGUCUUCCUACACCUAAAACUGUGAGUUUCCGUCUACUGGUUUAUAGUUUAUACCUGCCUAUUAUUAUUA